UGGGGGGCGUGUAUCCAACAUCAAUAGAGUUCUUGGCAUUCUCAUAGUCUUCUGGGAGAUGACAGACAGCUACAAAAGACUUGUGCUAAAAAGCUACAAGUGCUAAGAUACCUUACUACAUAGAGCUUCCAUCACAAUCCAAGUUCAAGGUGAUCUGCUGGAAAUAGUUCACUCAAACCUCUUGUCAAAGUCUGCCCUGGGGCUAGCUUCUAACACCACUGUUUACUAACUCUUGAGAAGAUGCCACGUCUGUUCAAGAAGAGCCAGAAGUACAAUGUAGCUAGAAACUGUUUUCUGGCUAGGAUUGUUCUGUUGGAUAAGACAACUAUUGAGUUCAACCUUUUACCUGAGGUGACUGGAACAGACUGUUUGGAAAAAGUGGCUCAAGUCAUGGAAAUACAAGAGAUCAGCUACUUUGGUCUCCAGUACCAGACAAAGCAUGACCUCCUCCGUUGGGUGGACAAGGAGAAGCCACUGAGGAAACAGCUGGAGAAGUACGGGAUUGAUGGUGCCAGGAAUGCUGAGCUUAGGUUCAGAGUGCAGUACUACGUGGCCAACAUUACCAAGCUCAAGUUUGAGAUUACCAAAUAUUUGUACUUCUUGCAACUGAAACACCUGAUACUGAAUGGUGACUUGGACUGCUCCAAUGACCUGGCAGUCAAGCUGGCCUCUUAUGCUCUGCAAGGAGAGUUUGGCAACUUUGAUGAUGAGAAGCACACCGACGACUUCCUUAGCGACUACAUCUUCCUCCCUCCUCACAUUGGACCCCCCUCUGUGUUCCAGUCACUCAAUGACAGAUCAUCAAAGCUGCACCAGAGACACAGAGACAUGACUCCGGCAGCUGCUGAGUUGAUGUACAUCAAGCUUGCCCAGCAACUACCUGAGUACGGCCAUCAGUCCUUCCAGAAACUGGACGUUAACGGAAGUAACAUUUGGCUCGGUGCUUGCUUUAUUGGCAUAUUUGUGAAGCACUCAAAUGGACAACCUAAUAUUUACUUCAAGUGGCCGGACAUUUAUCGAAUGAAAGUGAGGGAUAAGAACUUUGGAAUUGAGACUCCAGGAGAAACCAUCUACUUCAAAAUGCCUGAUAACAAGACUGCUCAGUACAUUCUCAAGAUGAUGAUCAACCAGCACAAGUUCUAUCGGACAGAGCUGGAGGAGACCCCCGGUCUCUCAUGGAUGGCCAGCGGGGUAGUAGAGGGCUCGAAGAAGAAGUCUCGGUCACUGCACGAUCUGCGGACCAGGGGGAUAACUCCAGAACCCAGUCAUCACUUGAUCUCCACGUCCAUGUUUGCCAGAAAGACCAAACUGAGUGAGGCAGAGGAACCACUGCAGAGACCUCUCCACAGAGGAGGUGUGAGGGCCACCAGCUCAGAGCCACAGACCACACCCAUCACUGAGGACACUUCACCUACUACUCACGACAGGGAUCCGAUUCAUCUUCUCUCCAUCACGGACCAAGCCAGGGGUGGUAGUCAUGGGACGACCACUGUCGAGGUACACCCCACUACUAACGGAGUGGGUCACAAUGGAGUGGUCACUUCGGCACAGUCCACAGUGGCCAGUAGAACUGCACCGUCUCAAGCGUACAGUCCCGCCCACUCCUCCACACCUUCCACACCCUCACGCUCCAAACACUCCACACCACCACACACUGCCUCUUCACUACCUACUCCCCCACUAACCACACCCUCACACACCGCUAAACGACCCGAGCCUCUGGUAUUCUCAAGCGAACCCCUCCCACCCUCAUUUUUCACAAGUGGUGAGGAUUUUAUCGACUGGGUCGAUCCAGAAGUGGCUGGAGGUGGGGACAGAACCAGUCAAAGUAGUUUUCCCAGUUCCAACGGGACACCCAAGAACAGUCCAUACAGUAGACGCAAGAGAAAGGACAAGAAAAUGCAUCAAAAUGGGUUUGCAAACACUGGGUCCAUGGACAUUGAAGACACUACUGACAGUUCUCAGGAGACUUUCGAGAUGUUGGGGCCAGGCAGGAAGAAGAAGUUCACUGGUUCUCUUGAGCAGCUGAAUGGCAAGACUCCACCCCGUUCCCUCAAGAUACGGACAUUUAGCAUUGCCGAGCAGCAAGAACAAGAAGCAGCCAGUGGAACUAGAGACCAAAGGGGAGCAGAGCUUCAAAAGAUCAUGAAUAGCAGCAAGCUGUACACGGAGUAUGAGGUUCUGCCCAAGAAGAAACCAGGGGCCAAUAUCGAUGCUGGGCAGCUCCCUGAGAACAUCCACAAGAAUAGGUACAGAGACAUUCUUCCUUAUGAGGAGACAAGGGUGAAGCUCAACCCAGCUAACAACACUUCCGGCACUGAUUAUGUCAAUGCAAACUAUGUGAAGUUUGAGGUGAACCACCGAUCGUACAGUUACAUAGUAGCCCAGGGACCGCUGGAGCAGACCAGCACUGACUUCUGGCAGAUGGUCUGGGAGCAGGAUGUUCGCAUUAUUAUCAUGGUCACUAAUGAGACGGAACACGGUCGACCAAAGUGCUUCAGAUAUUAUCCCUCGGAUGAGAGUGUAGAUGGAAAACCAGACUAUGUGCUAUUCGAACAGUAUCGAGUGUCUCGACUUUUUGUUGAGAAAAGUGCUAGUGCUAUCAGUCGAGGGUUCAUGGUCAAACACAUCCCAUCAGGACAGGAGAGAGAGGUGACUCAUAUGCAGUACAUUGACUGGCCCGACUAUGGCAUUCCUGAAAAUCCUCAGCCAUUCUUAGAUUUUCUUGCUGACAUCAAUGCCCUGCGUCUUCGGUAUGGUAGCUCCUCUCCUAUGUUGGUCCACUGUAGUGCUGGUGUUGGGAGGUCUGGAGUGGUAGUGCUUAUGGACCUGCUUAUGGCUAAAGUGGAUUGUGGAGAUGCAAUUGAUAUUUCCAAGAGUCUAAAGGAACUGAGAUUUCAACGAAUGCAUCUGGUGCAAAUGAUUGGACAGUACAAAUUUGUGUAUGGUGCAGUUAUCCAGUAUAUUGGCAGAGCAAGACUUAUUUAGCUAUAGUGCACUUACUAUUGUCAGCAUUACUUUUCCCUUUUUAUGCCAUCAUCAAUAAUUAUAAUAUUGAUGAACCAACUACAGAAAAAUGGAUAAAUCUGAGUCUCUAUCUGAUAUGUGGAUAACAAUAUAUAUAAUUUAUAUAUAUAUAUAUAUAUAUAUACGUAUAGCACUCGAUGCUAAGCGCUGCAAAUCGACCAAUUCAGGGGUCAACGAUGCAGUUUGAGAUUGCUCUCCCUCACAGCGCAGCUUUGUCGGUUCCUUGAAUACAACUUUAUGUACAUGUCUUAAAAAUACCCCAGCUAUACUGUGAGUAUACGGUAAUUGGACUAUGCGAAACAAGUCGGUCUAAUGACAGGCAAUGUACUGUCUCGAACAUCGCCACGCGGCCAGGGUUGUUGAACCUAUAGAAGACGAUGGAAUCUAAUUUCAUUGCCACAAUAAAAUUGCAAAUGUUAAAAAUCAUUUUCGUAAUAAAUUAUACAAAGCAAACUAAUGAGCUAUUCUAUACAUUUGAGCAAAGUAAAAUAUACCGAGAGGUUAGCUUGCAACAUUCAUAUAUACUGACUAUACGUACAUUACCCGAAUGACAAUGUGUGUUUCUACUCAUAACAGACAGUUGAUUUAAAAAGACACAGAUAAGCAUAAAUGGAAACUAAAAGUGCUACCAUUCCAGGUCCAGAAAUACAGUCAAGCCCUACACAUAAUGCUAUAACUAUUACUAUUGCUGGAAGUACCCAUACCGUAAAACGACAGCCUGCAUCUCUUUCAAAUUCAUUACGCUUUCUCCUGUAUUUCAGUGUCCAGCAUCCAUUGACUACUAUAGUGCCAUCAGUGUGGGUUUCAAUUACAGCUUCUCCUGCUUGAUGUACACCAGCACUGUUCAUAGCAUCAGGUAACGUAGAUCUCUGCGAGGGCACUUUAAUAGUCAAAC